CCAUCAACGUCCUUAAUAACAACCUCCCUUCGAACCGCAUUAUUGCAUCAAAUUCUUCUCUCUCUUUAAUAACUCGUCGCAGGUAAAAUUAACACUUGUUGCGAUACCUCGCGUCGGGUUUUUCUUUUUCUUUUCUUUUCCUUUCCUUUUUCAACAAAAUUGGUAUAAUCACAUACUAAACAUUUAGUAAAGCCUUCUCUCCCCUCCCCCUUCGAAGGUUAUUAGUUGUAAAUUCGCUUUUUCAUUCACGAUGGAAGGCGAACACGCCAACUUCGGUUCACCGGCCAAUGCAGCUACUCCGGGAAACAACCCGAUCCUAGCGCAGCCGCCCCUUCAAUCCGAUGUAGCGGGUGCGCCUCAAGGCUCCGAGGACGUGCAAAUGUCCGAAAUCCCUUCCACAGAUCCCAUCAUCAAGCAAGAUAGCGCUACUCCUGCACCAGCUGGUACUUCACAUAACCCACUUGAUGCCCCUCCUGCACCGCCUGCUGAAACUACCCUAGCUAAGGAUGAUGAGGAAAUGGGUGAGGCUCAGCCCGAGCCUCAGGAUGGACGAACCCAAGACAAGCACACCGAAGACACUGCUGUCAGCGGUGAAAGUAACGCCCAGGAAGUAAAGUCGAAGGAAACCAUCGAAAAUGCCGCGCGCGAACAUCUCAUCUCCCAGACGCAUGCAAUUGUCCUACCCAGUUACAGUACCUGGUUCGACAUGAAUGCGAUUCACAGCAUCGAACGUAAAGCUCUCCCGGAAUUUUUCAACAGUCGAAACCGCAGCAAGACCCCCGCCGUGUAUAAAGAUUACCGCGAUUUUAUGAUUAAUACCUACCGGCUGAACCCCGUCGAGUACCUAACCGUCACUGCGUGCAGACGAAACUUGGCUGGCGAUGUUUGCGCCAUCAUGCGCGUCCACGCGUUUCUGGAGCAGUGGGGGUUAAUUAACUACCAGGUUGAUGCAGAUCAACGCCCGUCUCAAGUUGGCCCGCCCUUCACGGGCCACUUCCAAGUUAUUUGUGAUACCCCUCGUGGACUUCAACCCUGGCAACCUUCGGCCGAUCCGAUCGUACUAGAAGGCAAAAAGAACCAGGAUACCGAUCAAAAGGCUAACGCUCCCGCUACUGCCGCGGGCGAGCGAAAUCUAGAGAUUGGUCGAAAUAUCUACGAAGCCAACGCGAAAGGGGCGAAGAUCAACAAGUCCGAGAAUAAGACUAAUGGAGAGGCCGCCACUAACGGUGCAACAUCCCCGGUAGCUGACGACAAUCUCAGCAAACCCAUUGCUAAGGUGCACUGCUACAACUGCGGUAUCGACUGCACUCGGCUCUACUAUCAUCUGCCAGAAGCCAAUUCAACCAAUAAGGCGAAGUGUGAUUUAUGUUCCAGCUGUUUUGUCGAGGGCCGAAUACCCGGAAAUCAGUCCAAUACCCAAUUUGUUCAAAUAGAGAACAAAACUUAUUCAUCCGUCCUCGAUCGCGACGCACCCUGGACAGAUGCCGAGGUUCUUCGACUUCUCGAGGCCUUGGAAAGAUAUGAUGAUGACUGGGCCGAGAUUGCAGCCCACGUGGGCACGCGAACUCGAGAGGAAUGUGUUUUGCAAUUUCUCCAAUUAGAUAUUGAGGACAAGUACCUCGAGACAGAAGCUCCUAUCCAUGCUCCUACAGGUCUUGCUAUGCUCGGGAAGCAUGGCGGGCACCUUCCUUUCAGUCAGGCCGAUAAUCCAGUCAUGUCUGUUAUCGGAUUCCUUGCCAGUCUGGCAGACCCCAAGACAACAGCCGCAGCUGCAAAGAAAUCUGUAGAACAACUGCAAGAAGGCCUGCGAAACAAACUCGAGGGCAACGAUACGACAAAGGUCAACGGAAAAGGAAAGGAGAAGGAGAGUGACUCGAUGGAGUUAGAUAGUCACCAAGAAAAUACCGGUCCUACCGCGUCUGACUUGGCCAGCAUACCACUUGCUGCUAUGGGUGCACGUGCGGGCGGCCUAGCUUCGCACGAGGAGCGAGAGAUGACAAGACUCCUCUCGGCGGCAGUUAAUAUUACCUUACAGAAGAUGGAGCUGAAGCUCAAAUACUUCGACGAGAUGGAGGGUAUAUUACAAGCAGAGCGACGUGAACUAGAGCGGGGCAGGCAACAACUCUUCCUCGACCGACUUGCCUUCAAAAAGCGGGUAAGGGAAACGCAAGCAGGCCUCAAGGCAGCCAACCUUAACGGGGACGUUAAGUCCGAUGGCAGUGGUCUUACUUUCACCUCAGCGCCCCCGUUAAGCGCUGUUCAACCGCUCGGUAGUGAUGGCAAUAUCAAGAGCUACGAAGCCUAAUUUAUUUUACCGGUCCGGGCGGAUAUUUCUUGCGCUAAAUGUUGCGUGAGAGAAGGUUGUUGAUUUUUAAUCGUGGCGAAUUUAGGUAUCCUAAAGGGACUUUGAUUUGACUGUUGCGAGCUAUCAGCUCCCGUGGGCGUCUGUGGAAUAGGGUUUCUCGCUUUUGUUGCUUUUGGUUGUCAUUUCAAUUUUUUUUUCCCUCCGAAAAUAAAGUCACCCCUGCCUUGUGGAUGAAAAAGAACAUUCUUGGGGGGAAGCAGGAGUAAGAGAGCGAGAAUGGGAGAAGAAGGUGGAGGGUAUAGUAUCUUGCACUUGCAU